UAGGAUGCCCUGCGAAGCCGCCAUUUCAAAACGUUUAGGAAUAACGGGCGCUGUGGAAUUUUUUUCCAAAACUAAAAUUUUUUAUUUUUCUACCACAUAUUUUAUAUAUAGGUUGGCAAGAGGGGCAUUUUUUACUUUUUAAAAAUUAUACCUUGCCCGCACGACUAAUAGGAUGGAUGCAGAGCCUGAUCAAAAGUCAAAAAUAUCGAAGAAUGAAUCCCAGAGAGCUGGAGGUGACUCCAAUUCCAGGGGACGAGGGUCCAAAGGCAGUGGUCGAGGUGGGAAUAUGAGUCGUGGUGGUAUGCGCGGUGGGCGAGGUAUGGUCAAAGGCUUUGGUCCACCGGGACGUGGGAGAGGCCGUGGGAAAGAUAGAGCCAUGAACGGAUUCGGACCCAUGAGAGGAAUGGGGAGGAUGAGACCUUACCCUGACCUCAGAGGACAUCGUGGUAGGGGUGGUCCCAUGGGUAUGGGUCCACCGCCGCCUCCUCUCCCUCCUCCUCCCCCUCCUAUGCACUUUCGUGGGCCUUUUCCACCCAUGCCAAGGCAUGGACCCCCUCCACCCUCCCCUCCAGGUCACCCUGGUUUCAGAGGGCGGCCACCACACCCUAGAGGCAGAGGCAUGCCACCGCCUGGCCCUCCACCACACUUCCUCCCCCGUGGUCCAAGAGGCUACCACAAUGGACCGGUCUCUCCUCCGCCUCACCCCCCACCUGGCAGAGGCCAGAGGUGGCCAGGCCCCCCUGUUGGCCGCCGAUUUUAACUGAAUAAAAGCUAUAAAAUGAGCACCUGACAUAGUAUGAGUGGCCUAAAAUGGAUUGAAUCAUCCCCAAACUCAAAUAUCUAUUAUCCAGUCUGUGGACAAGUAUUAUUGGUAUUUCAUUCCGGAAAUGGGAGGAAACUUACUUGUUCCCACUGGAGACAUAUAAAACGAUGAAUAACUCGGCAAUGUGAACGCAUUAACACGUUGUGUUGCUCAUCAAUAAUGUUGGCACUGCAGAGACUUUUGAUAUUGUUAAAAGAUGUUCGUAGUUAAACGUUCUUAAAGGGGAAAGAAUACUGUUUGGUAAAUGUUCUGUUAUUGUUGUCACCUGUUAGCCUUAACUUUCUUUCCUGAUUUCUCGAUAAAGACAAAAAAAAUGGUGACACUGUAUAUCAGAAAAUGGCAGAAGAGGGGGAGAGGGAAAAACACUGUACCCUCAAGGAUUAAUUUCACAUCUUGGAGCGCCCUUGUCUUUCAUUUUGUUACAUUGAGGUAGUUAUGUAUUAUGUCGCAAAAUAGUGCAACAAUAUUGUUAAACACUUGCUCAUUUGUCAAGUGAUAAGACAACUGAAUUUGUAGUAUUCGUGAAUAUUACAUUUUGUAAUAUAGAUUAUAUAUAUUUAAUGUGCUGCUAUUUCAAGUUAUGAGUACUGCUAUUUGAAAGAUUCGUGUUGUCUCCAGCAAUCUGUUGUGACAUGACACUAAGGCAUUUUGCAUAAUUAGUAUUCACUUUAGUUAAAAGUUAGUCUCUUUACUCUGUUUAGUUUUUUGAGGUGUUACAUCCUUACCUAUUGUAAUUACUAUAAAUAUUGUGAAUCUGUGAAUUUGUUUUAUGAAAACGUUUAAGAUCUGAGACGGUCGUGAAAGAAUAUAAAAUAAAACAAAAAGUAAAUAAACUCUACUUCUCCUUAUUUGUUCAUUCACAAAAAAGUCCGAAGCAAUUUGCAUGUCAAUGCCUUUCAAAAUCUUUAGAAGUAUUGAACUUUUCCCCAUUUUUGUCAAUUUGCCGCCAGCUAUAAAUCUUAUAAGAGUUUUGUGCUGGUGGACGAACACAAUGUAGUGUGCAGUUGUGAACUGGAAGAAAAAUAAUAGUUGAUUUUCUGACUUUAUUCACUAAUAAAAACCUGAAAACUGGUUUCCAUCAGUACCAAGCUUCCAGGUUACGCCCCAUAAAUUACAUCUAGACUUAUCUACACUUCACAAUGAUCUGCUAUUUUUUGUUGGUCUGACAUUAAAUCCUAAUUGUGCUUAGGAAUGUCUCAUAUUAUGACCCAAAAUGAGAAUUUAAAAGGUGUAGGAAAACUUUUGGAAGAAACCAUGAAAAAAACGUCAGCGUGAGCCUAUGUUAUUUGAUACUUUAACAUUUUAUCCAAGUAUUUUUACUUAAAAGCCACCAUAUAUGUUUGUAUAGAAGUUUUUCUAUACUCUCUGGAGCUAAAAAGUGCUAGCUCUAGUGCUUUACUAAAAGUAGCACGUUAUUAUUUCUUACAUCUAUUGAAGUAAGACAUUUCUAAGCAAAAAUGAGGGAAACAAUAAUCAAAAACAUCUGAAUAGGUAACUGGAGAGCAUAUUAAAGGGUUUUCCAAGAAGUGUAAUGGAAGCUAAUGUUACUGGAGGACUCAGGACCACUCCAAUAUCAAGGCUUUUAAAUGCUCAUUUUAUAUAAAAAUCAGUGGUAGCAUGUCUAAAAGGAGGACAUCAUUCUGAAAGGAUAAUCUGAGAUGACAAAUGGCUGAACUUUUUUUUUAACUCUUUAAAAAGAAACAAAAUGGUAAUUUCCUGUGCACUUCAGAUGUGAGCAGGACAUUAAGGAUAGCUCAAUCAUGUAAAAAUGUAUAAACAAUUGUUCUGUUCUGAUGGCUUAGUAGCCUUUUAAAGUUGCAGCUACUAAUGUCAUAAUUUAGUGACUAAACUAAUCAGAAAUGCCUUAAAUAAACUUGUUUGGAAUGAUGAAUACAAAAAAUAAGCUUUAGGUGUUUUACAUCCUCAUUUAGGAAUGGCUAAUUUAUUCAAAAAAGCCAAACAUUGCUAAAUUGAAUUCACAUUUAUUCCCUAAAGUUCAAGUUUUCUUCAUUGAUCCAAACCAGAACUUUUAAAUGUUCCUCACGAUCAAACGUAUUUAUGCUUGGAAACACACAGAUGCUGCAGAAUAUUUUAUUUCUGCUGCAGACCCAAGGGGGGAAACAGUUCCAGCUGCAGCAGUCUCCCAUCGUCUCUUUAUCUCUUCAGAUUUCUCAGCAUUUAUUUUUUUGCUUUUGUCCUCCACCUCUGUAGUCCCUGUGGUUGAUUAUAACAAACUGACUUUCGUUGUUUCCUAAAGGGGGUGGGAGGGCACAAAGUACAGUUAACCUCCCUGGCCCCACGAGCCCCGACCCUCCCUCACAUCCCUUCUCUCCUCGAUCAGCAGCAUGAUAUCUGAGAAGAUGCAGUGCUUCAAUCGACAAGGUGAGCCUCCUGAUGUGUCUUUAAUGCCUCUCGUACAAAGAGAGAUUCUUUUUUUUUUUCAGGACAGGCGACGCAGCUACAUCGAAGUUUCAUCCCAAUCGGAAGGCUGCUAAGUAUUUAUGGGUUUGUGUUUAUGCCUGAGCUGCAAAGAUCAGACCAUUCAUUGUUCUUUAUAAGAAUGUUUUAUAUCAGCUUGUGCAGUAUUGCAAAGGACUGCUUGGAUGUAAUAUUUUGAAUGUUUUUUUGCAUUUGAACUCUGAUUGUUAGUAAGGCCUGUGUUAACUGUAUCCAACAGCAGUAUGGCAUUUAAAUGUAUCCUGGAUAAUUUCCAGUCUUAAAACUGUACAGAGCUAGCAAAGGAUGCUCAUUCAUGAAGGUGCUUUUUACUUUAAUAGAAUUGCAGUGGUGCAUUUCAGCUCCAACUUAAUUGUCAGUUUCAGAGUAGACGAGCUAAAUUCGGUCUAUUUAGAGAUCACCACACUGUGCCUGUGUGCCACUGCAAGGAUGAAAACUUAAAUUUAUAUACAUGUGUUUAUAGCUUCAGCAUUUGAAACCAUCACUUCUGGGAAUUUAAAACUUCACAUUAUUUGAACAAUUAACAUCUAUAAAUUGCUGCAAGUCAAAUUAGAAUCAAUUUAGAAAAUUCUAUUCAUGAUAUUUAAGUGCAGCUAAACUUAAGACUAAUGUUUCUUUGAAAAAACAAAGUACUUACAUUUCAGGGAUUUAUACAUAAAACUGUAUCCACUGACAGAUUACUGAGCAUUCUGCUAACAAAGAAAUACACACUUUUCUCAGUCAGUACCAGCUCAUUUAGAAUCUGUAUAUGGGCAGAAAGAUCUGAUAACCCUCCUUUACAUAUAACAUGAUCUGUAAUGUGCAACUUGAAAAUAUCGAGUUACAUUUUGCAUGAUUUAUAUAAAUGAGCAAAUUACUUGUUUUUAUUAAAUACUAGUCACUUGAUUUGAGCAUGCUGUGUUUUUUAUGCAUCUAUGAAACUUUGUGCUGUGAUUUUUAUGUGCCUAAAUACAAUAAAUAAAUGUGUGCAGGUCUUGUCAUGUCAACAUUAU